AUGUUUCCUCAAGAGGGGUAUAAGGUUUUGGACCCACCAGCUUCUUAUGUGCCGAUUAGGACUCCGGCUAGAAAGCUGCUGGCGACCCCAACUCCGAUGGGGACUCCCGGGUAUUCUAUUCCAGAAGAGAAUCGCGGGCAGCAGUUUGAUGUGCCCAAGGAGUUGCCUGGUGGGUUGCCAUUUAUGAAGCCUGAGGAUUACCAGUACUUUGGGGCGUUGUUGAAUGAAGAUGAGGAGGAGGAGUUGUCCCCUGAUGAGCAGAAAGAGCGGAAGAUUAUGAAGCUUUUGCUUAAGGUUAAGAAUGGUACGCCACAGCAAAGGAAGACAGCUUUGAGGCAGCUUACUGAUAAGGCUCGGGAGUUUGGUGCUGGCCCCUUGUUUAACCGUAUCCUGCCUUUGCUUAUGCAACCCACGUUGGAAGACCAAGAGAGGCAUCUUUUGGUGAAGGUAAUGAUCGAGUGCUUUAUAAAUUGGAUGAACUGGGAGAGAAAUAUUUCUAAUCUUAGUAAAGCAGCUGGUUUGGCUACUAUGAUUGCUGCUAUGCGUCCGGAUAUUGAUAACAUUGAUGAGUAUGUUAGGAACACUACUGCGAGAGCUUUCAGUGUUGUUGCUUCUGCUCUUGGUAUUCCUGCAUUGUUGCCAUUUUUGAAAGCUGUGUGUCAGAGCAAGAAAUCAUGGCAAGCACGGCACACUGGAAUCAAGAUUGUUCAGCAGAUUGCCAUUUUGAUAGGGUGUGCUGUUCUUCCCCACUUGAGGUCCCUUGUGGAAAUUAUAGAGAAUGGUCUGAGUGAUGAAAAUCAGAAGGUUCGGACAAUUACUGCACUAUCACUUGCUGCUCUUGCUGAGGCUUCUGCCCCAUACGGUAUUGAAAGCUUUGACUCUGUCUUGAAGCCAUUGUGGAAGGGUAUUAGGUCUCACCGUGGUAAGGUUUUGGCUGCCUUCUUGAAGGCAAUUGGUUUUAUCAUUCCUCUUAUGGAUGCAAUGUAUGCUAGUUACUAUACCAAGGAAGUGAUGGUUAUUUUGAUUAGAGAAUUCCAGUCUCCUGAUGAAGAAAUGAAAAAAAUUGUGCUCAAAGUGGUGAAACAGUGUGUGAGUACCGAAGGUGUAGAGCCUGAGUAUAUAAGAAGUGAUAUUCUUCCUGAGUUCUUCAGGAACUUCUGGGUUAGAAGGAUGGCUUUGGAUAGGAGGAACUACAGGCAACUGGUGGAAACAACUGUGGAGAUAGCAAACAAAGUGGGUGUUGCUGAUAUAGUGGGGAGAAUUGUUGAGGAUCUCAAAGAUGAGAGUGAACCGUAUAGGCGAAUGGUUAUGGAGACAAUUGAGAAGGUGGUGGUGAAUUUGGGUGCCUCAGAUAUUGAUGCUCGGUUGGAGGAGCUUCUCAUUGAUGGUAUCCUUUAUGCUUUCCAAGAGCAGACCAGUGAUGAUGCAAAUGUGAUGCUUAAUGGGUUUGGUGCAGUUGUGAACUCUCUGGGGCAGAGGGUGAAACCUUACCUUCCCCAGAUUUGUGGUACCAUUAAGUGGCGCUUGAAUAACAAGAGUGCAAAGGUCAGGCAGCAAGCUGCAGAUCUUAUUUCGAGGAUUGCUGUUGUCAUGAAGCAGUGCCAAGAGGAACAACUGAUGGGUCAUCUUGGUGUUGUCUUGUAUGAAUAUUUGGGAGAAGAAUACCCAGAAGUUCUGGGAUCAAUUCUGGGAGCACUAAAGGCAAUUGUGAAUGUUAUUGGUAUGACAAAGAUGACGCCUCCUAUAAAGGAUUUGCUUCCCAGGUUGACUCCAAUUUUGAAGAAUAGGCACGAAAAAGUCCAGGAGAACUGUAUUGACCUUGUUGGUCGUAUUGCUGAUCGCGGUGCUGAGUUUGUUCCAGCAAGGAAUGGAUGA